UCGCUGCGGGCGGUUCCGGCUCGGCCCCGCCCCGCGCCCCGUCGCGGCCCCGAGGGGCGGGGUGGGGGGGACCCGCGCGCCGCGGCCGCCCCGGUCCUGGAUGCGGCUAUUUAUGCGGCCGGCCCGGGACGCCGCCGAGUGGCCGCGCCGAGGGACACGCAGCCGCGUGCAGCCGCCGAGGUUUCCUGGACACAGGCCGCGCUGCCCCCGGCAGCCGCGUGGCCGCUGGUCACCAUGGAGCCGAGUGACCUCCGCCAGCGGCUGGAGUGGGCCGGGCAGGCGCACGUGCUGCAGUUCUGGGACGAACUGACGCCCGGGCAGCGGGAGGAGCUGCAGGCCCAGCUGCGAGCCCUGGACCUGGACGAGCUCGGCGGCUUCUUCCACAAGGCCAUGGCCGGCUUCCGGCAGGCGUGCGGCCAGGAGAAGGUGGACGCGCGGAUGGAGCCGGUGCCCCGCGAGGUGCUGGGCAGCGCCACCCGGGACCAGGACCAGCUGCAGGCCUGGGAAGACGAAGGGCUCUUGCAGAUCGCAGGGAGCAGAGUGGCCGCCCUCCUCCUCGCUGGCGGGCAGGGCACGCGGCUCGGCGUGGUGUACCCCAAGGGCAUGUACGACGUGGGCCUGCUGUCCCGGAAGAGCCUCUUCCAGAUCCAGGCCGAGCGCAUCCUGAGGCUGCAGCAGCUGGCGGAGCAGCGCCACGGAAGCCCGUGCACCAUCCCCUGGUACGUCAUGACCAGCGGCAGGACGGUGGAGGACACGCGGGCCUUCUUCAGCAAGCACCGGUUCUUCGGGCUGCGGGCCGAGGACGUCGUGUUCUUCCAGCAGGGCAUGCUGCCCGCGCUCAGCUUCGACGGCAAGGUCAUCCUGGAGGAGAAGGGCCGAGUGGCCAUGGCUCCGGAUGGGAACGGCGGCCUGUACCGGGCGCUGGCCGCGCACGGCAUCGUGGAGGACAUGGAGCGCAGAGGCGUCUUGGCCGUGCACGUGUACUGCGUGGACAACAUCCUGGUGAAGGUGGCCGACCCUCGCUUCAUCGGCUUCUGCGUACAGAAAGGGGCCGACUGCGGCGCCAAGGUGGUGGAGAAGACUAACCCCACGGAGCCGGUGGGCGUGGUGUGCCGCGUGGACGGCGUCUACCAGGUGGUGGAGUACAGCGAGAUCUCCCUGGCCACGGCCCAGCGGCGCAGCCCCGACGGGCGGCUGCUCUUCAGCGCCGGCAACAUCGCCAAUCACUUCUUCUCCCUGCCCUUCCUCAGGGACGUGGUCAGCGUGUUCGAGCCCCGGCUGCAGCACCACGUGGCUCAGAAGAAGAUCCCGUUUGUGGAUGCCCAGGGCCGGCUGGUGCAGCCAGACAAACCCAACGGGAUCAAGAUGGAGAAGUUCGUCUUCGACAUCUUCCAGUUUGCCAAGAACUUCGUGGUGUACGAGGUGCUACGGGAGGACGAGUUCUCGCCGCUCAAGAACGCCGACAGCCAGGACGGCAAGGACAACCCCACCACGGCCCGCCGCGCCCUCCUGUCCCUGCACCACCGCUGGGUGCUCAACGCCGGCGGCCACUUCAUCGACGAGAACGGCUCGCGGCUGCCCGCCAUCCCCCGCCUCAAGGACGCGGGGGAUGCCCCCAUCCUGUGCGAGGUGUCGCCCCUCGUCUCCUACGCCGGGGAGGGCCUGGAGGGUCACGUGGCCGGCCGGGAGUUCCACGCCCCGUUGGUCAUCGACGAGAACGGGGUCCACGAGCUGGUGAGGAAUGGCCUGUGAUGCCGCCGAGGUGCAGGAGAGCCCGGCCAGCCGCGGGCGGUGGCCGUGCCGGGCGGUGGCUGUGCGGGCGUCCCGGCUCCUUGGACACCCCUGACCCCCGCCGCGGGGCCCCCUGGCCGCAGCUCGCCGACCCUGGAAAGUCUUAUUUAUAUUGUUCGACGGUAGCGUUUGUCCUCGGGCUGGGAGCUCCCGGCUGGCCGCCCUGCGCGCGCUGGCCCGGGAUCCGGGGACGGGGUGGGACGCCUGUCGGAGCGUCUGCGGUACUCAGAGUUAGAUUUAUUUUAUCAACAGUGAGCCUUUUUUUU